CCAGGAGGAUAUGGUCCCCCUGAUGGACGAUUUGAGACUGUGUUCCGUACGCAAACUGGAUGAGUUGGACAGACGCUUCUGUUUUGAGAUUUUCUCCGUUCACACGAGCUGUAUCCUCCAGGCGGACUCUGAGCUUUCCCGUCACUCCUGGAUAGAGGCCAUGCAGUCCACGAUCAACUCGGCCUACCGAGAUUCCCACUUGCUGGAUAACUGGGGACAGGGUCCCGAGGUCGGUGCCCUGCCGUCGGAGGGCAGGAAUGCCUUCAGCGAUGGCCGGAGGGUCCUGGAGCAGUCCCUGCGUGUCCCGGGGAACCAUCUCUGCUGUGACUGUGGCAGGUCCGACCCGCGAUGGGCGAGCAUCAAUCUCGGGAUCACACUGUGCAUCGAGUGCUCUGGCAUCCAUAGGGGUCUGGGCGUCCAUCAGUCCAAAGUUCGCUCCCUGACCCUUGACACCUGGGAGCCGGAGCUGCUCAAGUUACUGUGUGCCCUCGGCAAUGAUACUGUCAACCACAUUUACGAGGCUGAGACAGAACAUUCCGGCAUGACUAAGCCUACAGCGGAGAGUUCACGGUAA